CGAGUAUCGAAUUAUCAGAGCUCAGGCGAGUCAGAUGAUAUUGAACUAACCGGUAGUGCUCGUUUUUCACUGCCGAGAGUUUGUUCCUUUUUGAACCCCCUUUAUAUUGGAUAGUAAAAUACGUUACAAAUAAAAUGAUGCAAGCUAGCCUUUGGAGUUUGGUGACCACUUCUGUCAGACCAACAUGUGUCAAACGUAUUGUACCUGGCUUGACAGCUGCGCAACAACGCAGAUAUGCCAGCACAAUAGAAGCGGAUCUUGUAGUAAUAGGUGGUGGUCCUGGUGGAUAUGUAGCAUCAAUUAAAGGAGCACAAUUAGGAAUGAAAACUGUUUGUAUAGAAAAAGGGGAGACAUUAGGAGGAACUUGCCUGAAUGUUGGUUGCAUUCCAUCCAAAUCUCUGCUGAAUAGUUCACAUUAUUAUCAUUUAGCACAUGCCGGUGAAUUGAAGAAAUUUGGCAUUCUGGUCGACAAUGUGAAGCUUGAUCUUGAAAGAGUAAUGGAACAAAAACGAAAUACAGUGAAAGCUUUAACAGGUGGUAUUGCUAGUUUAUUCAAAAAGAACAAGGUAGAAUGGGUUAAGGGUCAUGGGAAAAUUACUGGUCCAAAUCAAGUGAAUGCACUUGGUCCUGAUGGUUCAGUAAUAAGUACAAUUAAUACUAAAAACAUUAUAAUUGCCACUGGCAGUGAAGUUACACCGUUCCCAGGUCUAGACUUUGAUGAAAAACAAGUUAUUUCAUCCACUGGAUGUUUAUCGUUAAGUCAAGUACCUAAAAAGUUCAUAGUAAUUGGCGCUGGUGUUAUUGGGUUGGAAUUAGGCUCAGUUUGGCAGAGAUUAGGUGCUGAAGUAACAGCCGUUGAAUUUUUACCAACUGUUGGUGGAGUAGGUAUUGAUGGCGAAGUUAGUCAAACGAUACAAAAAAUGUUAGUUAAAGAUUCAUGGAAUCUCAAAUUGGGAACAAAAGUCACUGGAGCAAGAAGACAAGGCAGUGACAUCAUCGUUUCCGUUGAAAACGUGAAAGAUCCAAGCAAAAAGGAGGAACUGACAUGCGAUACACUUUUAGUCUGUGUUGGUAGAAGGCCUUAUACAACGAAUUUAGGAUUAGAAGAUUUAGGAAUCGAAAGAGACGAAAAGGGCAGGAUCCCUGUAAACAACAGAUUCCAGACAGUAGUACCUUCGUGCCGUUCACAUUGAUUAUAAUUGUGUACCUAGCGUAAUAUACAUACAUCCAGAAGUUGGUUGGGUAGGCAAAACGGAAGAAGAUUUAAAGAAGGAGGGUAUCGAAUACAAAGUUGGGAAAUUCCCAUAUUUAGCAAAUUCCAGAGCAAAAACAAAUGCUGAGACGGAAGGUUUUAUUAAAAUCUUAGCGGAUAAAAAUACAGACAAAAUAUUGGGUGUACAUAUGAUUAGUUCGUGUGCUGGUGAACUGAUUAACGAGGCAGUUCUUGCAAUGGAAUAUGGAGCAAGUGCAGAAGAUGUUGCAAGAACAUGUCAUGCACAUCCGACAUUCGCAGAAGCCUUCAAGGAAGCCAACUUAGCUGCGUAUUUCGGAAAACCCGUCAACUUUUAAAUAUAUGUAUAAAUAAUCUGUGAAACAAUAUUUUGACUCAUCGUAGCUUCGAUCUAGACUACGUUCACUUCCAAGUGUGUUUGAAACGUGUCACGUUGCACGCUAGAUUUCAUCAUCGUUUAAUUACAUAAGGAAGAAACUGUAAAUAAAAAUGUAAGAGAAUAUAUGAAAGUACCACAUCUUUUAUAGUAGAUUUACCUUCAUUGUUUAAUUAUUGUAUUUAUUAUAAAUAAAAUUACGGUCCAUCACAAAAACAUUCAAGGGUACAAAAAAACUUGCGAUAGGUUUCAGUAAUCUGAGGAGUGUACACAGAUAAGUUUUUAUGACUUUACUGUCGAAAUUUCCUUUCUCGGUUUCCGAUAAAAAAAAAAACAUCCGCCUCGACUAAGUUCUAUUUAAUACACUUGUAACGAUAUCGAACAACCAAGCAAAUGUAUCACUGUAUUUUUAUUCAAAAUAAAUCGAAACAAACAGUUGCAAAUGCCGGCAGAUAAUCUUGGCAUUCGAUAAUAACGAG